AUGCCUUUCUUGAAUCCUUCCCCGUCAAGCUCAGAGCGGGACAAGAGCACCUCGGGCACUGAAUACAGCCAAAGAGAUGUAUCUCGAGGUGUUGCCGUGGUGGGCAUGGCCUGCCGCGCGCCUGGUGGGAUUAAUGAUCCUGAGCAGCUAUGGAAGUCUCUGCUGGACAAGCUAGACGCCAGCGGGGAGAUUCCUGCGUCUCGUUGGGAGACGUAUCGGCAGAGAAACCCUCGCUUUGAAAGCGCACUCGAUCAAACCACCAACCGCGGUUACUUCGUGGAGAAUAUUGAAGACUUUGACUGCCAGUUCUUUGGUAUUUCGCCUAAAGAGGCGGAAUUAAUGGAUCCCCAGCAGAGAAUCUCUCUCGAAGUAGCCUGGGAAGCGAUAGAGAAUGCCGGCAUUCCCGCGAAGAAGCUCAAUGGCAGUGACGCGGGUGUCUUCUGGGGUAUCAACACCGAUGAUUAUUCCAGACUCAUCCUCGAGGACCUCGCCGGUGUCGAGGCAUGGAUGGGUCUUGGGACUGGGUUCUGUGGUGUUCCAAACCGCAUUUCAUAUCAUAUGAACCUCACCGGCCCAAGUGUCUCGGUCGACGCCGCGUGUGCCUCAUCUCUUGUAGCGGUACAUAAUGGCGUGCAGGCGAUCCUAGAAGGUGAUUCGACGGUCGUGAUCGCUGGUGGUGUACACGCCAUGUGUGGCCCUGCCCUGACCAAAGUGAUGGACAAGGCUGGAGUAUUGGCUCCCGAUGGACGUUGUCGGUCUUUCGACGAUAGCGCUUGCGGGUACGGGCGUGGGGAAGGUGCUGGAGCUGUGGUCCUGAAGGCCCUUCCCGAGGCAAUCAAUGAUGGAGAUCACAUUCUUGCAGUGAUCAAGGGAAGUGCCGUGGCACACAACGGUCGAUCAAACGGCAUCAUGGCUCCGAAUUCUGAAUCCCAGCAGCGAGUGGCGUUGAGAGCCCUGCGGGCCGCCAGCGUCGAUCCAACAACCGUUCAGUACGUUGAGGCCCAUGCUACGUCGACAUCACUCGGAGAUCCCACAGAAAUCUCUGCAAUCGCGGAGGUGUAUGGUAAAAGAAGGCCGGCCGGCGAUCCAUGUUACGUGGGAUCGAUCAAGCCAAAUAUUGGUCAUUUGGAGGCAGGUGCAGGUGUUAUGGGAUUGAUCAAAGCGAUAUUGGCCAUUCAGCACGGGGUGAUACCUCCCCAGGCCAACCUUCAUACAUUGAACAGUAAGAUCGAUUGGAAGAACGCCGGCCUGCGAGUCAUGAAAGAGGAGACGAAAUGGCCGGAAGCCGAAGGAAAACGACGAGCAGCAGUGUGUUCAUAUGGUUACGGGGGAGCCGUCACCCAUGCUAUUAUUGAAGCGGCUCCCUCUGCAUCUGAGGUAGCUCAGUCAGAGGUGCCCUUUGUCAAAGAGGCUGCGCGUCCACGAGUGCUUUUGGUUUCGGCCCCUCAAGAGCAGCGACUAGCGGCAACUGCGGGAUCAUUGAGGAACUGGCUCAAUCAGCGCCCGGAGGAUCUUUCAUUGGAUUCCAUCUGCAAGACCUUGGCUGCAAGACGUACCCAUCAUGACAUUCGAGCGGCGGCGAUAGUGGAGGAUACGGCCAGCGCAGCAGGUGCAUUGGAUAGUCUGGCCAAUAAGGCUAAUGCAGUCUGGACCGUUCAAGGUCGGGUGCUGAAGUCGGCCCCGACAAGAGAUGUCGUCUGGGUCUUUUCUGGACACGGAGCGCAGUGGCCAAGCAUGGGAAAGGAGUUACUGACGAACGAGGUCUUCCUCGAUGCAGUGAAGCCGCUUGAUGCCAUUGUGCGUAAGGAAAUCGAGUCAUCCCCAAUUGAAUGGCUCCAGUUGGGCGACUUUACGUCGUCUGAUCGUGUCCAGAUCUUGACCUACUUGAUGCAGAUAGGCAUCAGUGCGAUCCUGCAGAGCCAGGGGGUUGUCCCAAAUGCAGUUAUCGGUCACUCUGUUGGGGAGAUUGCCGCAUCAGUUGUCGCAGGCGCUCUCUCGCCCGAGGAAGGAACGCUUCUAGUGACGCGCAGAGCCGUCCUAUAUCGUCGGGUUAUCGGUCAAGGCGCCAUGGCCCUGGUACGCCGACCAUACGAUCAGGUUUCCAAAGAGCUUGAAGGAAACGACCGCGUCAGUGUCGCGAUUGACUCGUCACCUUCCUCAUGCGUCAUCGCCGGAGCGAAAGAUGCCGUCAAGGACAUUCAAGAGUCAUACAAUAACCAGGAAAUUGAAAACUUCACUGUCAAGACGGACAUUGCGUUUCACUCCCCGAUGCUGGACCAACUUGCAAACCCUCUGUCCGUCUCACUUGGAGAUGUCAUUUGGCCCAAACAGCCGUCCAUCAAGCUCUAUUCUACCACGUUAGCGGACCCACGAAGCGAGAAGCCCCGAGGUGUCAAGUACUGGAUCGACAAUAUGAUUAGCCCAGUCCGAUUGACGUCUGCCGUUCAGGCUGCCAAAGAUGAUGGCUUUCGAAUCUUUCUCGAGGUCUCGAGCCAUCCGCUCGUCACACACUCCGUUGAAGAGACGCUCGUGGAUAGUGACGCCGGGGAACAUGUGGUGAUACCCACCCUUCGUCGUGAUCAGCCCACGGAGAAAAGUAUUCUUCGUGCCAUAGGUCGUCUGCACUGCAGCGGAGUUGAGAUUGACUGGGAGAAUCGAAUUUCAGGCCCCUGGUUGCAUGGUGUACCAACAGCACCAUGGGCGCAUCGUUCCUUCUGGCGGAAGCCUUCUGCUGCAGCUCUCGCUCUGCAUGAUACACUUGGCCACAGUUUGCUCGGCCAGAAGAUACCUGUGGCAGGCAGCGAAACUGUCCUGUACACCACCACCCUGAGCAAGGAAUCGAAGCCUUUCCCUGGGAGUCACCCCGUCAUGGGAACGGAGAUCAUACCCGCGGCGUGUCUUCUUAACACGUUUAUCAAAGCAACCAGUGGCUUCGUUUUGCAGAAUGUCAACCUAAUUGCACCCUUGGAAACCGAGUCUCAGCGAUCCGUCCAGGUUGUCAUUCAAGGUGAUGAAGUGAAGAUCAUGUCACAAAUCGUGCAGAAGGAUCAAUUGUUAGAUAGCCCUUGGACGACUCAUACAACGGCGAGGAUUGACCCUCGUCCAGAGGCCACAGAUGCCGAUCUCCAUAAGGCGAUCGAGAUCACCCGUCCCGGAAAGGACCUGGGCAAAUCGUUCACCAUGGACUAUCUCACGGGAACUGGUGUCGACGGCAUGGGGUUCCCUUGGGCAGUUCUAGAGCACCACGGAGAUGCUCAAAAGAUGAUGGUGCAUGUUGAAGUAGACCCAGACAAUGAACGUCUCCAAUGGGACCCCUCGUCGUGGGCUCCGUUCUUGGAUGCAGCAACUUCUAUUGCCGCCACAGUCUUCCAUGACCGGCCUAAACUGCGAAUGACAGCUGGUCUAGGAGAAAUCGAGGUGUUGACAGAACAGGACCCACCCAGGAAUGGCUGGAUUCGCGUGCAGAGGAACGAGGGCAGCGACUGUACCUGCAACGUCGAUAUCACCGAUGAAAAGGGACGACCAUUCGUACGAAUAACCACUAUGCGUUUUGCGGAGCUUGAGAGCAACUCUGACGAAGGUGACGGCGUCUCGAAACUUGUGCACCGAGUGGCAUGGCCGCCGGCAAGACUCACCGAGGAGCCUCUUAACAUUCAAGAGAUUGUUCUAAUCACCAGCGACGAGGACGCGAAAGCCAUUUAUACAAAGGAGGUACCUCGUCGUCUUGGCCUUACUCACUUUUCGACACCAGAUGACCUUGUCCGAAAUGGAGCGGGUAUUGCAUACCGCAAAGAGCUGAUUGUUGUCUAUGUCCCAAAUCAAGUCUCAUCAUUUGAGAAGAUCCCACAAUCGGUUGAACAUUUCUUAGCGGGGCUUCUUACCAUUGCAAAGUAUUUAAUCCAGUCAGGGGUGCCGAGCAAACUCUUUGUUCACACGACGAACGCAUUCGAGGGCAAGACACCAACAGCGCUCGCUCACGGUCCCCUCCUCGGAAUUAGUCGACUAAUUUUUAGUGAGCACCCGGACAUUUGGGGCGGUCAUAUCGAUGACGAGUAUCGAGCUGUGCCACUUUCCACUAUGAAAUACAUUCAAGGGGCCGACAUCAUUCGAAUCCUUGACGGAGUAGCCCGGACGGCUAAGCUCCGUGAUCUUCCACUCGAUCGCCGUACUCAACCAGUGUCUCAGAUGUUGCCUCGACCUGAGGGAACGUAUCUAAUCACCGGAGGGCUUGGUGAUCUUGGGCUUGCAACUGCCGAGUUCUUCGCAGAUCACGGAGCAAAGCGGUUGGUUCUGCUAUCUCGCCGACAAUUACCACCUCGCAGGCUAUGGGGCAAUCUAACCGGCAGCGAUCAAGCAGCUGCAUCGCGGAUACUCGAGUUGGAAAAAAGAGGCCUUUGUGUCUUCGUGCUUUCUCUUGACAUUGGUUCUAGCAACUCCGCCGAGACACUUAUCCAAGAGUUGGACCGGCUGGGUCUACCACCAGUUCAGGGCGUUGUUCACGCAGCCGGUGUUCUGGAGGACCAGCUUAUCCUUAACACCACACAGGAAGCCUUCCACCGUGUUCUUUCGCCCAAAGUCACCGGCACAUUGGCUCUGCACGAGGCAUUCCCUCCCGGCACUCUUGACUUUUUUGUCCUCUUCGGUUCGUGUGGUCAUCUGGUUGGGUUCCCAGGCCAGGGCGCGUAUGCUCCUGCCAAUGCUUUCCUUGACUCUGUGGCUACUCAUCGGCGCAAUCUCGGAGAUAAUGCGGUCUCGUUUUUGUGGAGCUCAUGGACGGACAUGGGUCUCGGGAACGGUAACGACUUGCUGAUUUCAGAAAUCGAGAACAAGGGUAUCACAGAAAUCAGCCGUCAAGAAGCCUUUGAAGCCUGGCUGCAUCUUGCACGGUACGAUAUCGACCAUGGUGUGGUCGUGCGAGCCUUACCGAUCGACGAGGGACAAGGCAUUGUGAAUCCUCUUCUCACUGACAUUGCGGUGGUUCGGCGAUCCACAAGCUCUGCCCCCAAGUCUGGCGAGCCUACUACUGCGCCUCGUGUUUCCACAGUGCCAUCAUCUGGGCCCGAAUUAAAGACCUAUCUGGAUGAACACAUUCGCGCCUGUGUCGGCGAUGUUCUGCAUCUUCCUCCGUCAGACGUUGACCCCACGAUUGCACUUGCGGAUCUCGGAAUGGACUCGGUGAUGAAUACUGUUUUACGGCGACAGCUCCAGAAGGAGUUCAAUUUGAAUGUUCCGCCGACUCUGAUGUGGAAUCACCCGACAGUUGGUCAUAUGGUUGGGUGGUUCGCGCAGAAGCUGGCUGGGUAGUUGGCAUUGGAUCUGCAUUUAUUCAGAACCAUAUAGGAUGGUCUUGGGUUAGAAGAAUGAUGCGUGGUGAUGAAAGCUUGCGGUGUUGAUGGAAUGAAGGAGAGUCAAGGUCAAGAAGCGACGCGGAAGUGGAC